UGGUGGAAGGCUGGAAGCAAAUAAUUGACGAGGUGCUCAACUAUGCCAGACAUGCUGCUCUGCUCUCCUCCAUAGUCCAUAAGACUCGUGCUAGCGAAUCCCUUCCCGGAGGGAGCCGACACGACACUCAACUCCAGUUCGGUGAGAGACGGAGAUGGAGGCCGCCCUGUUGAGCGGGUUCAUCAAAACUAUCCUGCCGAAGCUCUUCUCCCUGGUACAAGAGAAAUACAAGCUGCACAAGGUCCUCAAGGGCGACAUCAAAUUCCUGGAGAAGGAGCUCCGCAUGAUCGCUGUUACAAUCGAUGAUCAGAUCUUGCUGGGGAGAGAAGAUCAUGGAGCUUUACUGAGCCUUUCCAUGGAAGAGCUGCGUGAGCUGGCUCACCAGAUCGAGGAUUGCAUAGAUCGCUUCCUGUACCAUGUGACUCGGGAGCAGCAAGCGUCCUUGUUCCGCCGGACCAUCACGUCGCCCAAGACUCUGCGGUCCCGUCAGCGCCUGGCCGCGGAGGUUCAGCUCCUGAGGAAGAUACCGGAGGAGGCGCACCAGCGGGAGAAGAGGUACAGGGUCUUCGCCGGCCUUUCCUCAUCCCGGCAAGCUGAGUCGUCUUACUGUUCGUCCGGAUCUGAUCCCCACACGCCGAAGGCCGAUCUCGUGGGAAUCGAUGGUCCCAGGGACGAGCUUGUGCAGCAGUUGACCGAGGAGCCUGAGGACCUAGCAAAGCAGCUGAAGGUGAUCUCCAUCGUCGGGAUCCAUGGCUCCGGCAAGACUGUCCUUGCCAGAGAGGUGUACGAGAGUGAUGUCGGCCGCCAGUUCAGCCUGCGGGCGUGGAUUUCUGCUACUGGAAGGGGCCCGAGAGAAGUGCUCAUGGAGAUCCUCCGCAAAUUUGGUAGACCAGUGGUGGAUAACUUCAGUGUUGACCAGCUUACCGUAGAUGUCAGGGAACACUUGGAUAAGAAAAGGUAUUUCAUUGUAAUCGAUGACAUGCAAACAGAUCAGUGGAGUAGCAUAGAAGCUGCCUUUCCACAAGACAAUGUUGUUAGCAGCAGAGUAAUGGUGACAACAACUAUCCAGUCAGUAGCUAAUGCUCGCAGCUCGUCUAAUGGUUAUGUGCACAGAACAAAAAGACUUGGUGAUAAAGACUCAGAACAAUUGUUCGUCAGGAAAGCUUGCCCAAAGAAAUAUUUAGGUUAUAUGCAGCCAGAAUCAAAAGAAGUUCUGAAGAAAUGUGAUGGCCAACCACUUGCUCUUGUUAGCAUGGGCCAAUUUUUGAGGAAAAAGGGUUGGCCUACAGGCCCCAACUGUGAAGAUGUGUGCAGAAAUCUCAGUCAUCAUCUGGAGCAAGAUGAAACCUUGGAGAGAAUGCGAAGGGUGCUUCUCCACAGCUUCUCUAGUCUUCCUGGCCAUGGUCCAAAAGCUUGCCUUCUGUAUUUUGGCAUGUUUCCAUGUGAUCAUCCCAUCAGGAGGAAGAGACUGAUGAGGCGAUGGUUGGCGGAGGGUUUUGUAGAAACACAACCUUCAUCUACUGAAAAUUUCAACACACUCAUAGAUCGGAACAUCAUUGAGCCCAUUGGUAUGUGUAACAAUGAUCAGGUCAAGACCUGCAAAACGUAUGGCAUGAUGCGUGAAUUCAUUUUGCUAAUGUCCACCUCCCAGGACUUCAUCACCCUGUUUGCUGGCAACAAGGUUGAACACAAAUAUGUGCGUCGGCUUUCUCUCCAUCACAAUAUUGCUACAAGCGGUAGCUGUAGCUCUUUGGACAUCAAUUUAUCCCUUGUCAGAUCCCUGAUUGUUUUUGGGGAGGCUGGCAAAGCUAUUUUGAGUUUCCAAAAGUACCAGCUGUUGAGAGUCUUAGAUCUUGAACAAUGCACUGACUUGGAAGAUGAACAUCUCAAAGACAUAUGCAACCUUCUGCUUCUGAAAUAUCUGAGCCUUGGGGAAACCGUUGCUAGCAUUCCGAAGGAUAUAGAAAAACUGAAACUAUUGGAGACACUUGACCUGAGGAGAACCAAGGUGAAGAUACUACCUAUUGAGGUCCUUCUGCUACCCUGUUUACUUCAUCUAUUUGGAGAAUUUCAGCUUUCCGAUAAAGUCAAGAUAACUAGUGAAGUGCAGAAGUUUUUCUUGACUGAACAGAGUAGCUUAGAGACACUAGCAGGAUUUGUCACCGAUGGUUGCCUAGGAUUUCCCCAAAUCAUUAGCCACAUGAAGAAUUUGAGAAAGCUGAAGAUAUGGAUAGAGAGGAGUGAGAAAAACACCAACUUCACCGACCUUGUGAAUGCUAUCCAAAAGUUCAUCCAUGAUGACAAGGAAGAGAGUAAUGAUCCCCGUUCUCUAUCACUUCAUUUUGAUGCCUGCACUGAAAACAUCCUGAGUUCUUUGAAAGCUCCAUCUUAUCUUAGAUCGUUGAAGUUAAAAGGGAAAUUGCUGGAAUUGCCCCAAUUUGUUAUAUCAAUGCGUGGCCUUCGGGAGCUGUGCCUUUCAUCAACUAAAUUGACAGCGGGUCUCCUUGCAGCAUUGAGUGUCUUGAAAGACUUGCAGCAUCUCAAGUUGAUUGCAGAUGAGCUUGAAGAUUUUAUCAUUGAAGAUAAGGCAUUCCCAGGACUGCUACACUUAUGUUUUGUCCUGGAAGGUGCCACACUACCAACAAUUGAAGAAGGUGCUUUGCCAUACCUCAUCUCACUUAAGCUGAUAUGUAAAGACCUAGUUGGUCUCGCUGGCAUGAAAAUCAACCACCUUAAAUGUCUUAAGGAGGUCAUUCUUGAUCAUAGGGUCACUUCAGAAACAAGAGAAACUUGGGAAAAAGCUGCUAAGGAGCAUCCAAAUAGGCCAAAACUAUUGCUGUUCAACCCUGUUGAUGAAAGUGAAAGCGUGCCUGGAGACAGUUCUCUUGCUUCAACGACAGCUGAGAGGGAAGCUAUGGAAACUUUCCCCACGCCAGAUGGAGCACUACAAGAGGAUAACAUUCAGAUACUAGUUAAACAGAUCUCGUCCGCUGCGCCUGAGAAACUGAACAAUUCUGAACCAAUUUCAAAAGAUGAACUGAAUUCUUCUUUCAAUAAUAUGGGAUUCUCCGAGGGAAAGCUUGGUUUAACAGAAUUGUCCAUUGUUCAGAACGGCAAGGUGUCUUCCUACACCCACUGACACUUGCCAUUGAUCCAGAAGAUACUAAAGCAAUGUUUCUAUUUCCUGGAAUGCUAGACUAUUGACCCAACUUCAGUUCACUCUCGGCGAGCAAAAGCAUGAUAUGGAUUCUUCUCAAACCAGCGUCUCCAAGCACUCAAAAUAAUUGGAGAUAUUUUGUGGCUGUUAUACAAUAUGCCCUUCUGUAUCUUUGAUUAGCCUUUGUAGGAAUAAAGGAUACUUCAGUCAGAUAGUGCUAAGAUCAAUGGCGAGCUUCCACUUUCUUUACUGUUUGGGGAGGGAAAACUUUUCGGUCAUCUUGAUUCAUCUGUUUAGUUGUUUGGUAUAAAAUAAUAUUGGUGAUUGUAGUUCUUGAUUCUGCUAUGAAACAAAGAAGCACUAAUGAGCUUAGCAUGAACGUGGGCCAACAAAGAUGUUUCAUGGGCUGGAGCUCGUAAUUAGUUGUUUCUUGCACAUC